CAAACACGCUAUAAAAAGAUCGAAACGAUCAAAAACUUGACUAAUCGAUGAUCUCAGUAGUUGAUCAUGUUCUCCAGUGCAAAGAGCAUACUUUUUCUCCUUUGCGGGCUUGUCUCGACUUUCGUCGUUCUAACGGAUGCAUCGACAUACUGUGAUCCGCAAACGUGCAGCGGUCCGCUUUACUACUAUCAGGAGCUCGGUUGCAUGCCGAUUUAUGACAAUUCCUCGUCUUGUUGCGCGAGAAAAUACAAUUGUGAUCUCUGGAAAAAUCUGCCGAAUUCUAAGUGUUCCGUAAACGGAAAAAUUUAUGAGAAUGGCCAACUUUUUCCGUUGCGAGAAGUCGGCAACAGUUGUACCAGAUGCUUUUGUGUCGGUGGAACCAUUCGGCCAACUUGUGCAGCAACAUCGUGCGCGGGCCCGCAACAAGGUUGUUACUUGAAAAAAACUCCUUUGCAAUGUUGUUCAAAUGUUGAAGUUUGUCCGGUGAAAGAAGAAGACAUCCCGACCUGCGAAGUUGACGGAAAAACGUACAAGGAUGGGGAAACGUUCGAACCCUUGUCAGAGCCGGAUAAAAUUUGCACUUGUGGCGCUGGAUACACCACAGGCUUCAACGAAGAACCUUACUGCAUUACGAAACAACCGGGUUGGUGCGGAAACGCAAUUGCUUAUGUUAAAAAAAUCCAACAAAAUUGCGCCCCCGUUUAUCCUUUCGGUGGCGAUCCACGAAGAACUUGCAACGUAGACCACCGAUGCCAAACAAACGAUGAUCACGUCGUAGAUGCAGAAACGACGGUCGAUCCCGAAGCCGCAGAAGCAGGUAUGGUGUGCAAAUUUGGAACCCUCACUAUGAAUGUUGGCCAAAAGCUGAAUCAACCUCAAGACCAGGAACGGCCUAUGCAAUGCGAGUGCGAAGUACCGCCUGUCGUAACGUGUCGAUAUUUAACAGAUGUGGCAAAGUAAACGAAUUCGAGCUCAUUCAUUCGACACCGAAUAUUCCUGAAGCAAAUAUUUUUGAGGUCGAACAUCUAUGUAGCGUCAAUUUGAACUGUCAUCUGACGAAUAUCUUUACUGGGAAUAUUAUUACGAGACUAGCAGAUCCCAUAAGCCUAUGAAAAACUAUUGAAACCACGAUUCCCCUCCACGAAACAAUUUUAUCUACGGACGAAGCAGCGUCUUGACGCCGAAUAUUAAAAAGACAAAUUUUGGCAAAGCAAAUCAAGACCUACUCGCCAUUGGGCGGUUUCCCUUGACUCGUGAAACUGAAGUGGUCACCAUUCAUGAUUUUUUACAAUUUCCAACUGUCCAUUCGUAACAAAAAGUGUUUACGGAGCACGUGGAUUUGGAAAAAAUGUGAAUGCCUCGCAGUACCCAUUAUAAAGUCUUGAUAUUUUUCAAGAAGCAUUCCUCGGGAGUAUUCAAUGAAAAUGUAUAUUUUCCAAUUCGCUACCGCGAAUCUUGAAUAAAUUCAGUAAAAAAAUGAAUCUGA